AUGAUCGCUGCCUGCGGCCACCACGGCCGCGUCGCCCUAGCCCGAUUGCUCUUCGACGCCACGCCCGGGAAGAAUAUCGCGUCCUGGAAUGCGAUGCUAACGGCAUAUUCCCAGAACGGGCACAUUCCCGACACGAGAAGGAUCUUCGACUCCGUGCCGUACAAAAGUACGGUCACCUGGAAUGCAAUGCUGACGGCAUAUGCGAAUGCCGGGCACGUGGCGGGCGCAGGGGCGGUGUUCGUUGCGAUGCCCGAUCGCGACCACGUGUCUUGGAACACGAUGAUCCAGGCGUCCGUUAUGGCGGGAGAAUUUGAGCUAGCGAAAGAGCUCUUCGCGGCAAUGCCAGAGAAGGAUUUGAUCGCGCAGACCACCAUGAUCGUCGUGUGUUCCCAGAUUGGGGAUCUUGGCCAAGCGAAGCGUGUGUUUGAUGCGAUGGAGCGGCGAGAUAUCGUCGCCUGGAAUGCAAUGCUUCAAUCGUUUGCCAGUGCCGGGGAUUUCGAUCGAGCCAUGGAGCUCUUUGACAGAAUGCCCGAGAGAGAUGUGGUGUCGUGGACGGCAAUGCUAGUGGCGUAUGCCGAGAAAGGGCUCCUGGAUCACGCAAGAGCUCUCUUCGAUUCAAUGCCUCACAGGAGUCUCGUUGCCUGGAAUGCCCUGCUAGCUGCGUAUUCCAGAUCGGGGCAUUUGGAGGAGGCCGAGAGAUUCUUCCACCAAAUGCCUUCAUGCAAUGUGAUCUCUUGGACCACACUCUUUCAAGCAUAUGCCCUAAACGGGUAUCUGGAAAUAGCGGCUUUAAUCUUCGACUCUAUGCCCGAAAGGAACGCUGUGUCUUGGUCCGUGCUGAUCCAAGCAUACGCAAGGCACUCGCGUUUGGAUCUAAUCGAGCGCGCGUUUUGGCGGCUGGAAGAUCAAACUGUGGUAGCCUGGUCAUCGAUCAUUCAGGCAUUUGCCCAGAAGGGGCAUGGCCAGCAAGCGCUAAAUUUCUUCCGGCUCAUGGAGCUAGACGGUGGAGCCUCGCCCGACGAGAUCACAUUUGUAGGAAUCCUCACGGCUUGUGGCCAUCUGGGCGAUCUCAAGGAAGCGUUGCGGCAAUUCUAUUCCGUCACCACAGACAGGAAAAAUCUCGCGAUCACCGCCGAGCACUACGGCUGCUUGAUCGACAUUCUUGCUCGUCUUGGGCAUCUGGGCGCUGCCGAGGAUUUGUUUGAGAGCAUGCCCUUCGUCCCGGACCGUGCCGCUCGGAUCUCUUUGAUCUCGGCUUGCAAACUCCACAAGGAUUCUCGGCGAGCAGUCAAAACCACCGAGCGAGCGAUCAAACAGGAUCCAGGACACGCUUCUUCAUAUGUGCUGCUCUCAAACACCUACACCCAGUAG